ACAGCAAAAUUAUUAGUUUUGCUAUUUUACAUCAAACUUUAGCAACAAAACGCAUAGGGGGAGUUGACUACCAUCGAAAUGGCCUGUUUUGAAGAGGGAAAAUAUUUCAUUGAAAAUGUUUCUACAAAGCGAUAUCUGUUCUCAACGGGAGAUAAAAUUAAAUGCAACCGAGGAGACGAAGGUGGCUGGUUGUCAAGUCCAAAUUGUGUCGGUGCCGAUGCAAACUACUACAAUAGAGCCUACUGGAAGUUUGUUCCUCAAGGUGAUGGAAAGUAUUUCAUUGAAAACUUAGAAACCGAGCGCUAUCUGUUUCAAACUGGUGACAAAAUUAAGGGCGAUCGAGGUGCAGAAGGUGGUUGGCUGUGUAACUCUGGGUUUGAAGCUCCCAGUUGUGUCGGUGCUGACGCGAACUACUACAAUCGAGCUUACUGGAAACUUGAACCGCAAGGAGAGGAUAGGUAUUUCAUCGUCAAUGUGGAAACACAGCGUUAUUUGUUCCAGGAUGGCUCUGAAAUUAAAGGAAACCGAGGAGACGAAGGCGGUUGGCUUGAAGCACCGAAAUGUGUUGGCGCUGAUGCAAAUUACUAUAACCAUGCUUAUUGGAAAAUACUCAAACAGUAAUAUCCGACUUUGAAUGUGAAAGGCAAACAGAGAAAUUGAGCAUUUUUAAUUUAGUUUUUAUUGUUGUACUAUGUAAUUCAUUCUCAUUUCUUCUUUCGUUAUUUGUCUAGCUUUGACGACAAAUAAAAGAAUGUUUUUGUUUUAAAUAUUCCCUAGCAUUGCUUAAUUUAUUUGUUUUAAUAUUACUAAUUUCUUUUUGUUAACUAAUGCUGAACAUGAUAUCAAAAACACAUACUGAAAUACAUAUAUGUUAUUUACCAGCUGCAAACAUUGCUUCGUCUGAAUAAUAAAAUGCACUCUUGCUAUGACAA